GGCCUCUUUCUUCACCCUUGCCGUCUCCUCCUCCCUCUCCCUUUUUAAAGGACGCCUGGGCCGCAGAGCUGUCAGCCACCGCGCGAGGCGGUUCGCACUUGGCGGAGGCCAGGCUGACGCCGACUCCCACGAGAGCGAGGGGGCGGGGGUUGGGCAGCCGCUAGUCCUAGGUAGCUGCACGUGGUGCCCACGUCCUCCGGGCUCCACUCGGGACCUGGAGACAGCCACGCGUGCUCCUGCAGUUGGCAGUCCCAUCUCGCCACGAUGGCUCCAGUGAGGAGUGGGGAGGGAGGGAGCCGGGGGACCGGCGCGCCCCUCACACUCGCAGCGCUGUGAACCUGGCCAAGGGCGGCGGCAGCAGCAGCAACCUCGGCCGGCGCCUCCCGCGCGCCCUCGCCAACUCGUCCCCGCACACCAUGCCGACCCCCGGCCUGCCGAGCUUGCGGCCCAGCUCCCGUUGCCUCUCCAGCCCCUGCUAACUCCCACGGGAGUGGUCAGCAGCCCUUGCCGUGCAGUGCCCCGGAGGGAGGCGGAAUCGCCGACUGGGAGUCGGGGCUCAGCCCUCGGUUCUCCAGCUGCUGUACUUCCCCUUUUCCCGGCGCUCCGGCAUCCCGCGGCGAUGGGGGCGCUGCUGGUACUCUGCCUCCUGGGCUGGCUGCGCUGGGGCUCAGCGGGCGCCCAGCAGUCCGGAGAGUACUGCCACGGCUGGGUGGACGUGCAGGGCAACUACCACGAGGGCUUCCAGUGCCCAGAGGACUUCGACACGCUGGACGCCACUAUCUGCUGCGGCUCCUGCGCGCUGCGCUACUGCUGCGCCGCCGCAGACGCCAGGCUGGAGCAGGGCGGCUGCACUAACGAUCGCGGCGAGCUGGAGCACCCGGGCAUCACCGCGCAGCCCGUCUAUGUCCCCUUCCUCAUCGUUGGCUCCAUCUUCAUUGCCUUCAUCAUCCUGGGCUCCUUGGUGGCUAUUUAUUGUUGCACCUGUUUGAGACCCAAGGAGCCUUCGCAACAGCCAAUCCGCUUCUCACUGCGCAGCUAUCAGACAGAGACCCUGCCCAUGAUCUUGACCUCCACAAGCCUCAGGGCACCUUCAAGGCAGUCCAGUACAGCCACCAGCUCCAGCUCUACUGGUGGCUCCAUCCGUAGGUUCUCCUUUGCCAGAGCUGAGCCAGGUUGCCUGGUACCCUCAUCGCCCCCUCCUUACACCACCAGCCAUCCCAUCCACCUGACACAGCCAUCUGGCUUCCUGGUGUCACCUCAGUAUUUUGCUUACCCCCUCCAACAGGAGCCCCCAUUGCCAGGGAAGAGCUGUCCAGACUUCAGUUCCAGUUGAUCCAUCAUGGCUGUGAAUCCAGCAUGUAGUAAAGUGGCAGUCGGUGGAGU